AUGUUCAACCACUACAAUCCCUUUUCAUUUACUCACAAGCUCAAAUCCUCAAUCCCUUCUUGUUUCCGCCCCGAUCACGAUGCCGAAUUACAUGAAAACGAAGACGAUAAUCCUGCUCUCAAAUCAAUGACCUCUGACCUCCCGGAGCUCCGUGGGAUGUGCCGGAGUCUCGUCGCUCGGAUCAGUUGGCCGAGUCGCCGACGCUACCAUCACUCUGCUGAUUUUCGAUACGAUCCUUCCAGCUAUGCCCUUAAUUUCGAAGACGAACAAGUUCGAGAUGACAAUGAGUUCCCAAUUAGGGAUUUCACUUCAAGAUUGCCGGCGUCGCCGCCGCCGCCGGUAAAUCUCAUGCGAUUUUGA